CUUAAAAUGUUUGAUUAAAGAUAUGGAUUUGAAUACUACCUUCCCUUACGAUUAGAUUAAAAUUUUAAUUGUGUUGAUAGACACCAAUAUCAAUAAAAGAGAAAUAUCCUUGUAGGUUGGUAUAAAGUUAAUCAGUGGUUACAUAGAACCGGGACUGGACAUCAAAGGCCGCCAAAAAGAAAAUAGGAAAACAAAAAAUCUUCAUGAUCCAACUAUAAAUAUGGGAUUUCAUUUGUGAACUUACCAUCUGAAAAUCUUCUCCUCAUUCAUCAUCUUCAGAAACUAUACCUCUCUUAGAUUGUUAUCUUGUCUAAAGGAAUGGGUUUUGCACCUAAAAGCUAUUGCUCUCUUCUUUAUCUCCUGGUGCUUUUGCCAGCACUUUGUUACUCCCAGGACACUUUUAUGUCCUCUAGAGCAACCUACUAUGGCAGCCCUGAUGGCUUGGGGACUGCAACUGGAGCUUGCGGGUUUGGUGACUAUGGAAGAACCGUCAACGAUAGUUCUGUGAGUGGAGUCUCUAGACUGUACAGGAAUGGAACUGGUUGUGGUGCAUGCUACCAAGUUAGGUGCAAGAUACAGCAACUUUGCACCAAGGAUGGAGUGAGGGUGGUGGUGACAGACUACGGUGAAGGGGACAAGACUGACUUCAUUCUAAGCACCCGUGCCUACGCAAGGCUGGCUCGUCCCAACGUAGCCUCGAAGUUGUUUGCUUAUGGUGUGGUUGACAUAGAAUACCGGAGAAUUUCUUGCCAGUACCCAGGUUGCAACCUCAUGGUCAAGGUCCAUGAGAACAGCAGGUUUCCUGAUUACCUAGCCAUUAUCAUCUUGUACCAAGCUGGCCAAAGUGAUAUUACUGCGGUUGAAGUGUGGCAGGUGGAUCGUCAGCAAUGGAGGGGAUUGAGAAAUGCCUAUGGUGCAGUGUGGGACAUGUCUAGCCCACCAAAAGGUCCACUAAACUGCAGACUCCAAGUGAGUGGCAGGUCAGGGCUGAAGUGGGCAGAGCUGCGUAGUGCACUUCCUGGUGAAUGGAAGGCUGGGGCCGCUUAUGAAACAACAGUUCAACUUACUUGAGCCCUACAAAAUCCCAAUCCCAAUGCCUAUUGCUACAUAUAUAUCUAAGUAUAUGUUGAGUAGAAGAUGCUAAGUAAUUACUAUCUAUAGGAGUCUAAUUCCCUUAGGAGUCUAAUCCCGCUAGGGGCAUGUUUGAUUGGAAGGAUUAGAGUAUGGGAUUAAAAUUAUUAAUCCGUGGGCCCAAUUAUCCCAUGUUUGUUUUGACAAUUUGUUUUA